GUAAACAAGUUACAUAAAUUGGAAGAUUUCGCUGAUUUCAGUAAAUCGAGAUUUCCUUCAGUUUACAUUUAUCAUGAGUUUUUUACGAUAUUAAAGAAGUUAUAAAGUGAUUUAUAAAUAUGUUGACAAAAUUUGAAACUAAAUCGGCCCGUAUAAAGGGCCUGACAUUUCAUUCAAAGCGACCAUGGAUAUUAGCCAGUCUCCAUACUGGUGUUAUCCAAUUAUGGGACUAUCGCAUGUGUACUUUGUUGGAUAAAUUUGAUGAGCAUGAUGGUCCAGUACGUGGGAUCAGUUUCCAUAGCCAGCAACCUAUAUUUGUAUCAGGUGGAGAUGAUUACAAAAUUAAAGUAUGGAAUUAUACUCAACGGCGAUGCAUCUUUACAUUACUUGGCCAUUUGGAUUACAUUCGUUCUACAAUGUUUCAUCAUGAAUACCCUUGGAUAUUAAGUGCAUCAGAUGAUCAAACAAUUAGAAUUUGGAACUGGCAAAGCCGUGCUUGUAUUUGUGUUCUUACCGGUCAUAAUCAUUAUGUAAUGUGUGCUCAAUUCCACCCAUCUGAAGAUUUAGUAGUUUCAGCAUCUUUGGAUCAGACUGUUCGUGUUUGGGACAUUUCUGGCCUACGCAAAAAAAAUGUUGCUCCUGGUCCUGGUGGACUAGAUGAUCACUUAAAGAACCCAAAUGCUACAGAUUUAUUUGGCCAAGCUGAUGCUGUUGUUAAACAUGUUCUUGAAGGCCAUGACCGCGGUGUUAAUUGGUGUUCAUUCCAUCCUACUAUGCCACUUAUCGUUUCUGGUGCUGAUGACCGUCAAAUCAAAUUGUGGAGAAUGAAUGAUUCUAAAGCAUGGGAAGUAGACACUUGUCGUGGUCAUUACAAUAAUGUGUCUUGUGUUGUAUUCCAUCCAAAGCAAGAGCUUAUUCUUUCAAAUUCAGAAGACAAAAGUAUUCGUGUUUGGGAUAUGACUAAGAGAACAUGUCUCAAUACAUUUAGACGCGAACAUGAACGAUUUUGGGUACUUGCUGCACAUCCCACCUCCAACUUAUUUGCAGCUGGACAUGAUUCGGGUAUGGUUAUAUUUAAGUUGGAACGCGAGAGACCAGCAUUUACGCAGUUUGGCAAUUUCUUAUACUAUGUAAAAGAACGCUUUUUGCAUCGCCUUGAUUUUACUACACAUAAAGUGAACACAGUCAUGCAACUGAGAGGUGGUGGACGUACACCUGUAUACAGUAUCAGUUAUAAUCCAGCUAUAAAUGCAAUGAUUGUGUGCACUAGAAAUUCAAACAUUGAAAACAGUACUUAUGAUCUAUAUCAAAUGCCUAAAGAAUCUGCUGACAGUAAUGUUGUUGAAGCACCUGACAGUAAACGAUCCAGUGGCUUAAUGGCUGUAUGGAUAGCCAGGAAUCGGUUUGCUGUGCUCGAUAAAACACACAUGUUGGCUGUGAAAAAUUUAAAAAACGAGUUAACAAAAAAAAAUAUUGGACCAAAUAACAUUGAUGAGAUUUUCUAUGCUGGCACAGGUUUAUUGUUACUUCGAGAUCCUGAAAACUUGACAUUGUUUGACGUCACUCAAAAAAGAGUAUUAGCCCAAGCCAAAAUAGCCAAAUGUCGUUAUGUGAUGUGGGCAAAUGAUGGAUCAUUAUUGGCUGUUUUAUGUAAACAUAAUAUUUACAUAUGCAGCAGAAAACUAGAAAUUUUGUGUACUAUCCAUGAAAAUUCAAGAAUCAAAUCAGGUGCAUGGGAUGAUUGUGGUGCAUUUAUAUAUACUACAAGUAACCAUAUUAAAUAUGCUUUGCCAGAUGGAGGAGAUUAUGGAAUUAUACGAACAUUAGAUCUUCCCAUUUACAUUACUAAGGUCGGUGGCAAUCAAGUUUUCUGCUUAGAUAGGGAAUGUCGACCACGAGUAUUAAAUAUUGAUGUAACUGAAUACAAAUUUAAAUUGGCACUUAUCAAACGCAAAUAUGAGGAAGUCUUACACAUUGUGAGAAAUGAUCGAUUAAUUGGACAAUCCAUAAUAGCAUAUUUACAGCAAAAAGGAUAUCCGGAAGUAGCUUUGCAUUUUGUAAAAGAUAAUAAAACAAGAUUUUCUUUAGCUCUAGAAUGUGGUAAUAUAGAUAUUGCUUUAGAAGCGGCUAGAACUUUAGAUGACAAAACGUGUUGGGAACAAUUGGGUCAGGCCGCAUUACUUCAAGGCAACCAUCAGGUAGUUGAAAUGUGUUAUCAACGGACGAAAAACUUUGAUAAGUUAUCGUUUUUAUAUCUCAUCACCGGUAAUCUAGACAAAUUAAGAAAAAUGAUGAAAAUCGCUGAAAUUCGUAAAGAUGUAUCGGGUCAUUAUCAAGGUGCUCUUCUUCUCGGAGACUGCCACGAAAGGAUCAAAAUAUUGAACGAACUCGGGCACAAAUCACUGGCUUACCUAACAGCUGCGACGCACGGUUUAGACACCGAAGCGGAAUCCAUCAAAGAAGAAUACGAGGGCAACCUACCAACGAUCAGUCCGAACGCUAUGUUACUGAAACCGCCUGCGCCCGUAAGCCAAGCAGAAUCGAACUGGCCGCUGUUAACGGUGUCCAAAGGUUUCUUUGAAGGUGCCAUAUUGUCAGCCGGCAAAGCGUCGGGUCUUAUCGACACAGCACUCGGCGAAGACGUAGAAGAAGAAGGUUGGGGAGCCGAGGCCGAUUUAGGUCUAGAAGGCCGUAUAUCGCCGACACGUUCCGAAGCCGAAGAAGAAGCCGCAUCAGCUGCGGCUGCAUCGGCGUCGUUGGUCGACGGAGAAGAAGGUUGGGACGUCGGGGACGAAGAAGUGGAAUUGCCGUUGGAGGUGCAAGCGUCGAAACCAGACGCGGAUUAUUUCGUCGCGCCGCAAGUAGGCGCGAGUCCGACGCUCGUCUGGUCGGCCAACAGCCAACUGGUGGUGGACCACGUGAAAUCUGGCAACUUCGAGACGGCGUUCAAGCUGCUCAACGAACAGAUAGGUGUCACCAAUUUCCAACCGCUGAAAAGUCUUUUCAUGGACUCGUAUCUGAAAUCGUGCACGUCGUACACGCCGUUGCCCACCCAUCCGUCACUGUUCGUGUACCCGAACCGGAACUGGAAAGAGACGGGCGGCGGCAACAACAAACCCGUGUUGGACGUGAAACUGGAACAGCUGCUCGGCGAGCUGCAAGCGUGCUACCAGCUGACGACCGCCGGCAAGUUCCCAGAAACGAUCGCCAAGUUCCGGUCGAUCCUGCUGUCCGUGCCGCUACUGUGCGUUGACACGAAACAAGAGGUAUCCGAGGUGACGCAGCUGGUGCAUAUAUGCAAGGAGUACCUGGUCGGGCUGGUAAUGGAGACGGCCCGGAAGGAGUACCCGAAGACCACGGCCGACGACCAGAAGCGGAUCGCCGAGAUGGUCGCGUACUUCACGCACUGCGACCUGCAGAUGACACACAAGAUCCUCACGCUGCGCACGGCCAUCAACAUAUUCUACAAGAUCGGCAACCUGAACACGGCCGCGUCGUUUGCCAAACGGCUGCUGGAGCUGGGCCCGCGGGCCGACGUGGCACAACAGGCGCGUAAGAUGCUGCAGGCGUGCGACCUGAACCCGGUGAACAAGGUGCAGGUGGCGUACGACCAGCACAACCCUUUCUCCAUAUGUGCCUACUCGUUCGUGCCCAUCUACAAGGGCAAGGAGGAGGUCAAGUGCCCGUUCUGCUCGGCCUCAUAUCAGCCCGCGCACAGGGGCAAGGUGUGCAACAUCUGUCAGAUAUCCUCGAUCGGCGCACAGGCCACGGGACUCAAAAUAACCACCGCGCACUAUCGGUAAACGACAAUGGACGAAAUUCCAAAAUAACCAUCAUCUGUCAUAUUACGUUCCCCGAUUGCGGUUUUAUUUUUUUUCUACUCAAUGUUUAUAUUUAUAUAUAUUUAUAUGUUUAGGUGCAUUAUAUUUACAAUAAUA